AUGGAGAACAUAAAUUUAAAAGAACAACCACCAGAGAAGGAGAGAGCAGGUGAGCUUAGCUCACCUGCAGUUGUUGUGGCAGAGAGCCCCAGUGGCUCUGGUGCCCGUGGGGAGGCGCUGGUCUCGUCCGGCAAGUCCCACACACGGGCCCCAAGUCGGAAGGGGUCGGACUCGGAGUCCGACUCGUCAUCUGUGUCUGGCGUGAGCGUGAUUUCAAUGCGCCAGACAAGAUCGACGUUCAAGCGUCCCAGGACGGAGGAGGUUCGAGGACUGUCCUCGUCCUCAAAUACGCAGGAGGCCCCGGCGCCUCCUAAAAUCCCCACGACUGCGCGGGGUAGAGGCAGGGGAAAGGCCAAGAGGCUGUCAGCCACUGCGCGGUCCAAGCCGGCUAAGCGUCUGGCCGCGGAGGAUACCCCAAGAAGUGGCGCCCUCUCAGACUCCUCUAUAAAGGAGGUCUCAGACGCCGACGGUAUGGAAGGCGAGCGCGGCACUGGGACGCUGCGCCAAACCGUCAGAGAAGCACUCCGCCAGGUAGCUGGGAAGAAAUCCCAGUCUACCAAAGCCGCUCAGAUAAAAUCGAUGGAGGCGGAAAUAAUGGCGGCGGUGUUUGAUGUGUGCAAAGUCCCCUCAGCGGGAAAAGUGCACCAGGAGCUGGCCGAAAUGCGGCAAGAGCUGGCGCGCUUAUCCGCCUCCAACGUGGCUCUGGAGACCGAGCUCCGGUCCACCAAGGCUGAGCUAGCCGCUUGCCGAGGAAGCCAUCCUCAACCCUCGGCGGAGCCCGAUAUGCUCGGUCUGAUGCGCAGGGAGAUGGCUGCUUUCCAGCAGCGUUUUAAUGUGCUGGAGGGCAGACUCCUUCGUCCCUCCCUAGCGGCCUCGAGCUUAGCGACCUCGAGGUCAUACGCGGCUGUUGCGGCCAGGUCCUCGACCUCCUCUGGUCAGACUGGCUGCGGUGCUCAAACGGUGGCGAGGCCACGAGCGGCUCCUCCAACGAGGACCCCAGCACCCCCAGCGGUGCAGGCACAAGCUACACCGGCGGCGAACGCGUCUUCAGGACGCAAAAAAAGGAGAAAGGGUGCUGCGGUUCAGCAGGCUGAAGCCCUAGCCACAGGUGCGCCUACCCCGACAGCAAGGGGCCCAGACGGCAGUGAGUGGCAGGUCGUCGGCGAGGCGAGGAGAGUCGCCAAAGAAGCAAGAAAGCGCCGCAAGAAAGCGCAGCGGCAGCGGCGGCAGCAGGAGCGCAAAGAAAAGCGCGCUGCGGCCUUGCUUCUCGCCCCCAAAACCGCGGCUGUAGUGAUUACAUUACAGCCCGAUGCGGCAGAUGCUAAAAAGAGGGGGGGCCGUCACCCAGAACACCAGCAGCAGUCAGGACCAGGGAGAGCAAGAGGAGUCAACCUCAACGCAAAUGAACCAACAGGUGAGUAG